AAAAAAAUUCAUCAAAUGGAAACAAUACGCGGACCGCAGUUAACAAUGUCCGACGGCCACAACAUAGCAACAGAAGUAGUCACCGACGAAGAAGCGCAUCUCUGCCUCUACGUACUCCUCCAGGACAUGCUAAAAGUCGGCGACAUGGUGGUCGGGUUCGAAAUGGAGUGGGGAUUCAAAGGCUGCUCCUCCAGAAGUAACUCCGGCCGCUACACAACCGAACACACCAGUCAUUCCGAUCGGUCAGAGCACCACCACGUCGCCAGAAAAGUCGAACAUCACAUUGCAUUGCUAACAUUAUGUACUAAACUCGGUUGUAUUUUAAUCAGGCUUAGCCCUAAUUAUAUUUCUCCGUCGUUGAAACGUUUUUUCGCGAUCAAGGACAUUGUGUUCGUCGGAGUUCAUAUUAAGGAAGAUGUGCAGAAGUUGAGGGAUUCAUACGGCGUUGUGCUGAGGAAUGCGGUGGAGCUGAGCGAUUGGGCGGCGAAAAUUCAGGAUCAUCCGCGGUUUAUUUUUUAUAGUGCGAGGGAAUUGGCGAACAAGAUUCUUUCGACGAAAUUUGAACCGAAACCGUAUACGGUUUUGUGGUCGAACUGGUUUGAUCAUAAUCUUAGCCCGGAACAGAUUGAAUGUGCUGCUAGUGAUGCUUAUGCUGCUUAUAAGAUUGGUAAGAAGCUUAUGGAUAGUGGUAGCAAGAGGCUAUUCUCGCCGCAGUGGAUCAUAACCUCGUAUUUUCUGAUGCCGCGAAACCCGUCUAAGAUAAUAACAGAAGAGUCAAAUACGACGACGCCGUAUUCAAGCUCUGACGAUUUAAAAUCAGAAAAAGAAAAAGAAAAUUCAAAUCCAAAACCCUGUCAAAAUAUUAAAAACCAAAACCAAAAUAAAAAAAAAUCGAAAGAUUCGAAUUUCAUCGUCUUCUUCUUAAACUUUCUCGGGAAAAUUGGAACGAUUUUCUCGAGAAAAUCUUCACAUUUACUUUCAGAAAUGAAACUAUCAAAGUUUGGAGCUAUAUACAUACUAAUCGCGCUGAUUUCGAUUCAACUCGGAGAUUCACUCCGAUCACAGAAAACUAACCAAGCAUACGUGACGCUAUUGUACGGAGAUGAAUUCUUACUCGGAGUUAGGGUUUUGGGAAAGUCAAUUAGGGACACCGGAUCAAAAAAAGAUACGGUUGUUUUAGUAUCCGAUGGUGUCUCCGAUUACGCUAUUAAGCUUCUUGAUGCUGAUGGAUGGAUAGUGGAGAAGAUUAGCUUAUUGGCAAACCCUAAUCAAAAGCGGCCGAAAAGGUUUUGGGGUGUAUAUACAAAGCUUAAGAUUUUUCAAAUGACUAACUACUCGAAAGUUGUAUUUCUUGAUGCGGAUACUAUUGUGGUUAAGAGUAUUGAGGAUCUCUUUAAAUGUAGAAAAUUCUGCGCUAACUUGAAGCAUUCGGAGAGGUUCAAUUCAGGAGUCAUGGUUGUGGAACCAUCUCUAUCCCUUUUUAAUGACAUGAUGAGCAAAGUGAAUUCCUUGCAUUCUUAUACUGGAGGAGAUCAAGGGUUUCUUAACUCAUAUUACUCCGACUUCCCCAACGCACAUGUUUUUCAACCUGAUUUACCCCAGGAUAUCUUGGAUUCUAGACCUGCUCCUGCUAUGGAGCGGCUCUCUACUCUAUAUAAUGCAGAUGUUGGUCUCUACAUGCUUGCUAACAAGUGGAUGGUAAAUGAGACUGAACUCCGUGUUAUUCACUAUACACUAGGUCCCCUCAAACCUUGGGACUGGUAUACAUCCUGGCUUUUAAAACCAGUUGAUGUGUGGCAGAAUGUCAGGGAACAGCUUGAGGAUUCUCUUCCCGGAACUGGAGGUGGCAAAAAUCCUGAUGUUGAACUGCUUGUGAAGUUUCUUUUCCUCCUGCCAUUUUGUGCUGUACUCUUUUUUAACUAUCGGUCAUGUAUUCAGACACGGGUAUUUUGCAGAAAUACAUUAUUUGAUCACAUCAGACACCUUUACUACACAAUUAGAACUAAUGGCUAUGCUGGUGUUUCUGCUUCCUCCACAUUCAGCCCAACCAAACUUUUUUCUAAUGGUGCGCAAUCCAAGGUGCCUGUUUAUUUGGGCGGACUUUCAGUAUGUGUGUGUUUUAUGGCUGCUUUGGUGUCUGCUGCAUUUAGUCUUGCAAUUGUUCCUCGACAAGUGACACCAUGGACCGGUUUGCUCUUAAUGUAUGAGUGGACAUUCACAAUCUUCUUCCUUUUAUUUGGAGGUUUUCUUCGCUUGACCCAUCUAUGGGGAAAGAUUACAGCAAAUCAAGUACUUCUUUCCGCUCACCCAGAAUCUUCCGAUCAUGAAUCAGAAAAAGGUCAUCAACGGCAAGGAUCAUCUUGUGACGAUGCUACUUGGUAUUAUGGGCUAGGAAUGGCAUUUUUGGCUAUUGCUACCCCAUCUUUACCAUGUAUUUUUGGGAUAACUGCUUUAUUUGCUAGGUUAGGCUUGGUGGUCGCAGGAGGCAUUGUUUUAGCAUCUUUCAUGACGUAUGCUUCUGAGCACCUUGCUAUACGAGCAUUUCUCAAAGGUUUUGAAGAUCGAGACAUGACUAGAACAAGGAGCUUAUGCGUCUAAUCAUCGGAGGUAUCAUAACUAUAAUGAAUGCAUCUGAAACUUUUCAAUAUCCAAUUAAUUGAUAUCGAUCUAUAGUUGUGAGAUUAGAGAAGUGCCUGCAUUUAUUUAAAGGCGUUUUGUUGUAAUAUUUUUUGAGGACUAGUUUGAUCAUAGUUUUGACAUGCUUAAUUCAAUUUUGAUGUUGAACCUUUUAAAAUGUAAUUUAGAAAUGUAAAUGUAAUUUUAGAAUCUAGCUA